AUGCCGGCGGGCAUGACUAAGCAUGGCUCCCGCUCCACCAGCUCGUUGCCGCCCGAGCCCAUGGAGAUUGUGCGCAGCAAGGCGUGCUCGCGGCGCGUCCGCCUCAACGUCGGGGGGCUGGCGCACGAGGUGCUCUGGCGCACCCUGGACCGCCUGCCCCGCACGCGGCUGGGCAAGCUCCGAGACUGCAACACGCACGACUCGCUGCUUGAGGUGUGCGACGACUACAGCCUCGACGACAACGAGUACUUCUUCGACCGCCAUCCAGGCGCCUUCACCUCCAUCCUCAACUUCUACCGCACUGGGCGGCUGCACAUGAUGGAAGAGAUGUGCGCGCUCAGCUUCAGCCAGGAGUUGGACUACUGGGGCAUCGACGAGAUCUACCUGGAGUCCUGCUGCCAGGCGCGCUACCACCAGAAGAAGGAGCAGAUGAACGAGGAGCUCAAGCGCGAGGCCGAGACCCUCCGGGAGCGCGAGGGCGAGGAGUUCGAUAACACGUGCUGCGCUGAGAAGAGGAAGAAGCUCUGGGACCUCCUGGAGAAGCCCAACUCCUCCGUGGCUGCCAAGAUCCUGGCCAUAAUUUCCAUCAUGUUCAUCGUCCUCUCCACCAUUGCCCUGUCGCUGAACACGCUCCCUGAGCUGCAGAGCCUUGAUGAGUUCGGCCAGACCACAGACAACCCCCAGCUGGCUCACGUGGAGGCUGUAUGCAUCGCGUGGUUCACCAUGGAGUAUCUGCUGCGUUUCCUCUCCUCACCCAAGAAGUGGAAGUUCUUCAAGGGCCCACUCAACGCCAUUGACUUGUUGGCGAUCCUGCCGUAUUACGUCACCAUCUUCCUCACAGAAUCCAACAAAAGCGUACUGCAGUUCCAGAACGUCCGCCGCGUGGUCCAGAUCUUCCGCAUCAUGCGAAUUCUCCGCAUCCUCAAGCUUGCACGCCACUCCACUGGCUUGCAGUCCUUGGGUUUCACCCUGCGAAGGAGCUACAAUGAGCUGGGCUUACUCAUCCUCUUCCUCGCCAUGGGCAUCAUGAUCUUCUCCAGCCUUGUCUUUUUUGCUGAGAAGGAUGAGGAUGACACCAAAUUCAAAAGCAUCCCGGCCUCUUUCUGGUGGGCCACCAUCACCAUGACAACGGUUGGGUAUGGAGACAUCUACCCCAAAACUCUCCUAGGGAAAAUUGUAGGAGGGCUCUGUUGCAUUGCAGGGGUCCUGGUGAUUGCUCUCCCCAUUCCCAUCAUUGUCAAUAACUUCUCUGAGUUCUACAAGGAGCAAAAGAGGCAGGAAAAAGCAAUCAAGCGGAGAGAGGCCCUGGAGAGAGCCAAGAGAAAUGGCAGCAUCGUAUCCAUGAACAUGAAGGAUGCUUUCGCUCGGAGCAUUGAGAUGAUGGACAUCGUGGUUGAGAAAAAUGGGGAGAAUACAAGUAAGAAGGACAAAGUUCAAGAUAACCACCUGUCUCCCAGCAAAUGGAAGUGGACAAAGAGGACACUGUCUGAAACCAGCUCAAGUAAGUCCUUAGAAACCAAGGAGCAGGGAUCCCCUGAGAAGGCCAGAUCAUCUUCUAGUCCACAGCACCUAAAUGUCCAGCAGUUGGAAGAUAUGUACAAUAAGAUGGCCAAAACCCAAUCUCAACCCAUCCUCAGUACUAAGGAAUCAGCAACACAGAGCAAACCAAAGGAAGAACUUGAAAUGGAGAGCAUCCCCAGUCCCAUAGCCCCUCUGCCCACUCGUACAGAAGGGGUCAUCGACAUGCGAAGCAUGUCAAGCAUUGAUAGCUUCAUUAGUUGUGCCACGGACUUCCCUGAAGCCACCAGGUUCUCCCACAGCCCUUUGGCAUCGCUACCCAGCAAGACUGGGGGCAGCAUGGCCCCAGAGAUGGGCUGGCGGGGAGCUCUGGGUGCCAGUGGAGGUAGGUUGGUGGAGGCCAACCCUACCCUAGAUGCCAGCCAUCGCUCUAGUUUCUUCAUUGAGAGUCCCAAGAGUUCCAUGAAGACCAACAACCCCUUGAAGCUCCGAGCACUUAAAGUCAACUUCAUGGAGGGUGAUCCCAGCCCACUACUCCCUGUUCUGGGGAUGUACCAUGACCCUCUUAGGAACCGGGGGGGUGCUGCAGCUGCUGUCGCUGGACUGGAGUGUGCCACACUCUUGGACAGGCCUGUGCUGAGCCCAGAGUCCUCCAUCUACACCACAGCGAGUGCUAGGACACCCCCGCGAUCCCCCGAGAAACACACAGCAAUAGCAUUCAACUUUGAGGCAGGUAUCCACCAGUACAUCGAUGCGGACACAGAUGAUGAGGGGCAGCUGCUCUACAGUGUGGACUCCAGCCCCCCCAAGAGCCUCCAUGGGAGCACCAGUCCCAAGUUCAGUGUCGGGACAAGAUCAGAGAAGAAUCACUUUGAAAGCUCCCCCUUACUCACCUCCCCUAAGUUCUUAAGGCAGAACUGUAUUUACUCCACGGAAGCAUUGACUGGAAAAGGCGCCAGUGGUCAGGAAAAGUGCAAACUAGAGAACCACAUCUCCCCCGAUGUUCGCGUGUUGCCGGGAGGAGGGGUCCAUGGAAGCACACGGGAUCAGGGCAUCUGAACUAGCUUGCCAUGGAGGAGAGACUUGUGGGCGAGGUCCAAAGAGGAGUGUGGUUCAGCUUACCUGCCACAAAGCUUUUCGCAUAAACUCUGAAACAGAAAGGCCCUGCAAAACCCCAGAGAAAAGAGAUAUUCUAGAGAAGGCUUCCUAAGGCCUAGAGAGCCAUGACAGGUCCAUCAGGAUGAAGUUGGCCAAGCCAUAGGAAUGGCACCUUCUUGUAACAAUUCUACUGCCCUCUUUGGGAGAUGACAAGAGCAGAACUCACAGCCACCACUAUCAUCCUCCUAGAUGUAACCGAGAGCCACCUACUCCCUGUCCUUCUUCAUGCCUCUCCAUCACAGCGUAUGAGGGCAACAUCUCCAUCCCUCCUGGGUUCAGCUGGAGAAGGAUGCUGGAAAAAGUGGCUGGAGUUGAAAAAGUGGGUUGACCAAUUUGGCAUUGGAUGCUGCCCAGCCACCUCUGUGAAUACCUGUUCGUCACCUUCUGGAUAGAUUCCACUGUUAGAAGGCUACAGGGAACACUUGUGUCAUGGGGAAAUCUCUGCGCCAUAAGCCACAAUCCCAGCACAAAACCCUCCCUCAAAUGUCUUCAUUGACUUCCGUGUUCUGUAGUACCCGAGAUUUUAUUUUGAGAUAUCAUCAGGGUGAGUUGCACCACUUGUACUCAAUUCUAAUUGCCCCUUGGCAGUCUGGGAGGGCUUCGGAAGGCUGGCACUCAGCCAGCAGUAUGAACUCUGAGCAUUGCUUGAACAUUGAAGGAGGAAAAUACUUUCUGUACAUUGCUAGUAUAGACUCAAAAGAUAUGCAAGUGUCAAAUAUGCAAAAGA